GAGUUUGCAGACUCUUCACUUAUCUUCAAACAGUAGACUUCUCAGUCACAUUUUUCUUAAAAUCGCUGUUUCAGAGUUAAGCAUCCGAAGGCAAUCACUUUCAGUUUGCUUUCUUAUCUGUGAAAAGUUGAAGGAACGUCAAAUACGAUUCUUUUUUUCCUCCUUUGGCAUAUUUUUUUCACUGAAGGAUUCAAGUUUCCCAGUGAAGCAGUGCGCCCUGACAGGCUGUCACUGCAGUCUCUGGGCACAACACUUGGAUUUAGAAGAAGGAUUUACUCCUUUUUUCUUCUUUUUUUUAUUUUGAGAGGUUACUCUUUAAUUUUUUCGCAUGAAUCUCCUCGAUCCAUACCUGAAGAUGACAGAAGAACAGGAGAAGUGUCACUCUGACGCUCCCAGCCCCAGCAUGUCUGAGGACUCCGCAGGCUCUCCGUGCCCGUCCGGCUCCGGUUCGGACACUGAAAACACCCGGCCGUCCGACAACCACUUGCUCGGGGGUCCAGACUACAAGAAGGAGCACGAAGAAGAAAAGUUUCCCGUGUGCAUCAGAGACGCGGUGUCCCAGGUGUUGAAGGGUUAUGACUGGACGCUGGUGCCCAUGCCGGUGCGCGUCAACGGCUCAAGCAAAAGCAAACCUCACGUUAAAAGACCCAUGAACGCAUUCAUGGUGUGGGCUCAAGCAGCUCGGAGGAAACUGGCCGAUCAGUACCCUCAUUUGCACAACGCAGAACUCAGCAAAACCCUUGGAAAACUUUGGAGAUUGCUCAAUGAGGUAGAGAAGCGACCGUUUGUGGAGGAAGCUGAGCGACUGAGAGUGCAACAUAAGAAGGAUCACCCCGACUACAAAUAUCAGCCAAGGCGAAGAAAAUCAGUCAAGAACGGUCAGAGCGAAUCCGAGGAGGGGGAACAAACUCACAUUUCUCCCAAUGCAAUCUUCAAGGCUCUGCAGCAGGCCGACUCUCCGGCCUCCAGUAUGGGCGAGGUUCACUCUCCAGGAGAACAUUCAGGUCAGUCACAGGGCCCACCAACACCCCCAACCACCCCCAAGACAGAUCUCGCUUCCAGCAAAGCUGACCUGAAACGUGAGGGGCGCCCCAUGCAGGAGGGCUCCAGCCGCCAGCUCAACAUAGACUUUGGAGCUGUGGACAUUGGUGAGCUGAGCAGCGAGGUCAUUUCCAACAUGGGAAGUUUUGAUGUUGAUGAGUUUGAUCAGUACCUGCCACCUCACAGCCAUGCCGGGGUGACUGGCACAGCCCCUGCUGGCUACACCGGAAGCUAUGGUAUCAACAGCUCCUCAGUUGGCCAGGCAGCCAAUGUCGGAGCCCAUGCCUGGAUGUCCAAACAGCAGCAGCAGCAGCAUACUCUGACCACCCUGGGUGGAGCAGGAGAACAAGGCCAGCAGGGUCAGCAGAGAGCCACCCAGAUUAAGACAGAGCAGCUGAGCCCCAGUCACUACAACGAACAGCAGGGCUCCCCGCAGCAUGUCCCCUACGGCUCCUUCAACCUGCAGCACUACAGCACCUCCUCUUACCCCUCCAUCACAAGAGCACAGUAUGACUAUUCAGACCACCAAAGUGGUGCCAAUUCAUACUACAGCCAUGCAGCUGGUCAGGGCUCCAGCUUGUACUCCACCUUCAGCUAUAUGAGCCCCAGCCAGAGGCCGAUGUACACCCCGAUUGCUGACAGCACCGGUGUGCCCUCUGUGCCGCAGACUCACAGUCCGCAGCACUGGGAGCAGCAGCCCAUUUACACACAACUGUCCAGGCCCUGAGGAAGCAGUCUGAGCACUGACUGCAUAACAGCCACCCAGACUUGUUCCUGGCUGGUAGCCUUGAGGCUGCCUUGCCACAAAUCCUUCGUUGCCAACAGAAAAACAUGACAAGGACUUUUUUAUAGUUCUGAAAAUAUAUCUUGGAUUGGCUCACAACAGUGCCUUUUGUAUUGGUUGGAAUGAUUAUUAUAUUUUUUUUAGAUAUAAUGCUUAAAAAAAGUUAAAUCCUCUGUGAGGACAUACUGGUUAUGGAUAUGUUAGUAUGUACUGUGUAUGUGUCUGCUCUUGUCAUUUUCAUCAUAAUCAGUGUCAUCAGCAUCAUUACCAUUUGAAGGUUUAACUCAUCUAAAGGAGCAGGGAUGCCAUGUUACAACACCCUCAGUGGCCUUACUUCUCACUAAUGUACUUUUUUUUUUACAGGAAGUAAGAGACAUUUGUUUACUGACACUGCCAUCUCAUAAUAGCCUUCAUUCUGCUUUGAAUUUUUGUACUGUACAUAUUUUAAUUCCCAUGAGAUGCAGAUAUUGAGCAAUGCAGGUUUAAAAUAGACUAGAAUUUUUGGCCAUGAUAUGACCAUGUCAUCAGUGAAUUAGUCAAAUAUUCUACUCCUUGUUUGCGCUAUUUCAAUUAAUGGUGUUGGAAACGCUAUAGCAGGUGCCAUGAAACUCUUUUAGGGGCCUUAUUGUGUUGCUAGAUAUGACAGCAAUGGUUGCUUUUAUCUGAGUACUGCCUUGACACCAUGGGUGCCUCUGGAGCCACACUAGUGAGGCUUCAUCCACCGGCAUUGCAGCAUGGAAACCACAGCACAGGUUAGACUUCCUGCUUGAUGAGGUUCAGGAAGUGACCUUUGACCUGAGUCUUGUCAGCAGCCAUCAGGUCUGAUCGUGGUGUGCUUCUGCCAUUCCUUUUUGCCACAUUCUUUCUCCUAACUUUUUUUCUUAAUUUAUUCCUUAGCAUUAAUUUUAUUUGAGAAUAACUAUUUGCAAAUAUCUUUUUAAUUCAACAGCAGCUAACUGAGGUGAAAUAGGUUGCUGUCAUAUGUGGUACAAAUUUGUUUAUUUAUCAUUUGUAAAUGUUUCCGUAUAAAAGUUUCUUUUAUUUCUGAUCUGGUCAUGUACAGAAUGCUUAAAAUUACAUGAUGAGUCUUUCUCUAAAUUAAACCUGGACAUUUUCUCUCUUUUUUCUUUCUAACAAAUGACUAAAUGGAUGAGAAAGCAGCUGUAAAGAAUUUGCUGGAAUCAACAAGAUACUUUCAAUUUAUUUGUUUGUUUUAUUCUGAGAAAAGUACGUUUCUCGUUUUAUAUUUUGUAUCAUUAGUUCUCAUUUUGUCAUCUUAAUGCAGUUUCCAUAGGCAAACAUGGCAUUGUCUUAAAAGCGUAUAUUUUGUAUUAUAUUUGUUUGCAAUAAAAACAAAACACAGAAAUA